UUCUGUCUCCAUGCUUUCCCUAUCCAUCUUCAACACCAUAUUGAAAAAAGAGAAAUGUCAAAUUCCAAACCAUGCUAUGAAAUUCAAUUUUAUAAAUCAGAAAAUUACUUGAAGAACUUUCAACUUUCACUCAUGAGAUUUUAGUUGCUCCAUAAACAGAGAAGCAUUUGGCUUUCUUCGUGCUCAUGAAUGUUCAUUUUCUUCCUCACUGGCUUUGCCAAGGUGGUUUCACAAAAAAACCCCAGGUAGCUGAUGCGACUUGCCUUUUGUUUCUCUGGGUUCUGAUAUUACAUUCUAACCGUUUCACUUGAAAUAACUAGGCAAGAAAGUGCUUUUGUUUUAGUAAUCUUGAGUUGAUGUUGAAGCUUUGUAGAAAAUAAUUAUUGCACUUGUAAUGGCGUUUAGAUUUGUCGAAAAGAAGAUGAGCACAAAGCAUGUUGAUGCCUAGAGGAUGUUUAGCAAAGUGUUGAGACAUGGAUGAUCUCUUCUUUCCAUAUUUCAUUCACCUUGUUGCCCUUUCCAUAUCCCUUUCUCUCAUCUUUCUGGUCUACAAGAAGAAGUCCUCCAACAUCAAGUUUCCUCCUGGAAGAACAGGAUGGCCAAUCAUUGGGGAAGCGUGGGGAUUUGUGAUGGCAGGAAAACGAGGAACUCCUGAAAAGUUCUUAAAUGAUAGAAUGAAAAAGUACUCUACAGACGUUUUUCAAACUUCCCUUUUUGGGGAUAAUAUGGCUGUGUUCUGUGGUGCUUCAGGGAACAAAUUUCUGUUCUCAAGCGAAAACAAGUAUGUCGCUACCUGGUGGCCACGCACAAUAAAGAAAAUCAUCUACUUUCCUGAGCAUGUUGAUAACUCUUCCAUAGAAGAGACUGCUGCGUUGCGCAGAUUUCUGCCUGAAUUUCUCAAGCCAGAAGCUUUGCAGCAUUACAUUCCUAUAAUGGAUUCCAUGGCCAGGGAGCAGUUGGAGGCAGACUGGUGUCCACACAAACAAGUUAGAGUGUUUCCAUUGUCUAAAAAGUACACAUUUGCACUAGCUUGUAGGUUGUUUAUGAGAAUCAGAGAUCCCGACCAUGUAACCAGACUUGCAAAUCAGUUCGCUCUGGUUACAGAUGGCCUAGUUUCAGUUCCUAUAAAUUUUCCUGGUACAACUUACAACAGGGCAAUCAAAGGAGGCAAAAUGAUUCGUGAAGAGCUGUUAGCAAUUAUGAAACAGAGGGAAGGAGAGCUGAUAUCAGACAACAAAGAUGACGCGGGAGCCAUUGAUUUAUUAACUCGCAUGCUACUUACAUCAGAUGACAAUGGGAAAACUAUGAAUCACAAGGAGAUUGCUAAUAAGAUUGUUGGCUUACUUGUCGCUAGCCAUGAUACAACCAGUAGUUCAAUCACAAUGGUCAUGUACUAUCUUGCCCAACACCCCUGUAUCUAUCAAAAGGUCUUGAAGGAACAAACAGAGAUUGCAAUGUCUAAAGCUCCAGGAGAGUUAUUGAAUUGGAACGAUGUCCAAAAGAUGAAGUAUUCUUGGUGUACGGUUUGCGAGGCGAUGAGGUUUUCUUCGCCUGCUCAAGGAGCUUUCAGAGAGGCUAUAACUGAUUUCUUUUAUGCUGGUUUUAUCAUUCCAAAGGGAUGGAAGGUUCAUUGGAGUGUGCAUUCUACACAUAAAAAUCCCAAAUAUUUUCCAGAUCCAGAGAGAUUUGAUCCUUCAAGAUUCGAAGGAAGUGGCCCGGCACCUUACACUUUCGUUCCUUUCGGAGGAGGUCCUCGAAUGUGUGCGGGGAAAGAAUAUGCUCGGUUGGAGAUUCUUGUUUUUAUGCACAAUGUGGUAACAAAAUUUAAAUGGCAGAAAAUUAUUCCGGAAGAGAAGGUUUUGAAUAUUUCAUUUCCCAUGCCAGUAAAUGGCCUUCCAAUUCUCCUCCAACCUCAUUCCACAAGCCUCGAGUAGAUAAACCAUUGGUGCUUAGGUAGAACUGGUCAUGGUUGCAACUAUAAUGAAGAAUGGAUAGACAGGCAGAAUAACAUAGUACUUGGUUUCCUUGGCGACGGAGUUGUUGUGUGUGCGAUUAUCCUGCUGGAUUAGAAUUUUUGUGAUGAUGGAAAGUGUGGAAAGAGCUGGGAAUUGUUGUUUUUUUAUCAAUAAAAACAGGGAAUAUAAGUUGAUAUUUAGUAUUUUAAUCA